UGGGGGGGUGGCCUAUGCCGUGAGAUAAGGUUACAUAUAAGGUGGCCGCAGCAGACUUGGGAACACCAGCGAGUAUAUGCCCAGGAGUGCUGCUCGGCGAGCUUGGAUCCUGCAAUCAUGAGCGGGUGCCCCUUCAUGGGGAACAAGUACCAAUUAAAUUUUAGCAAACUAUCUUUGGAAGACGAGAAAGAUGACAAGUCACAAGAAGGGCUAAAUAAAGCAAGCAAGGGUGGACUUGUCUAUGGAGACUAUCUCCAACUGAACAAAAUAUUGAAUGCUCAAGAACUCCAGAGUGAAAAGAAAGGAAACAAAAUCCAUGAUGAACAUCUUUUUAUUGUGACACAUCAAGCUUAUGAACUUUGGUUUAAGCAGAUUCUAUGGGAAAUGGACUCUGUUCGGGUGAUCUUUCAAAAUGGCCACGUAAGAGAUGAGAGGAACAUGCUGAAGGUUAUUACUCGAAUGCACAGAAUUUCAAUGAUUCUAAAAUUACUUGUGGAACAGUUCUCAGUUUUGGAAACUAUGACUGCACUGGACUUCUUUGAUUUCAGGGACUACUUGAGCCCAGCCUCAGGUUUUCAGAGCCUGCAGUUUCGCUUGCUAGAAAACAAAAUUGGUGUUCCCCAAAGCCUGAGAGUCCCCUAUAACAGAAGGCAUUAUCGUGAUAACUUCAAGGGGCAGGAAUAUGAACAACUGCUUAAAUCAGAGCAAGAGCCAACACUACUGCAACUUGUGGAGGCAUGGCUGGAAAGAACUCCAGGACUUGAAGCAGAAGGAUUUGAUUUCUGGGGACAAUUUGAAGUGAAUGUUUUAAGAGGUCUAGAAGAGGAAUUUGCCAUGGUGCAGGCCAAACCAGAGUCAGAAGAAAAAGAUGACUUAUUAUCGGAACUCCAAAAACAAAAAGAUGUACUUAUUUCGUUAUUUGAUGAAAAACGCCAUGAACAUCUUCUUAGUAAAGGAGAAAGAAGGCUGUCUUAUAAAGCCCUGAAGGGUGCCCUAAUGAUCUACUUCUACAGAGAAGAGCCUCGUUUCCAGGUUCCCUUUCAGCUUCUUACUGCUCUUAUGGAUAUUGACGUACUCAUGACCAAAUGGAGAUAUAACCAUGUCUGCAUGGUGCACAGAAUGAUUGGCAGCAAGGCUGGCACAGGAGGCUCAUCAGGCUACCACUAUCUGCGCUCAACAGUGAGUGACAGAUACAAGGUGUUUGUGGAUUUGUUCAAUCUUUCAACAUUUUUAGUGCCAAGACACUGGAUACCAAAGAUGAAUCCAACUAUUCAUAAAUUCCUUUAUACAGCAGAAUAUUGUGACAGCUCCUAUUUUAGCAGUGAUGACUCAGAUUAAAGUACCUUUCCAGGAUGAUUGCUCUGAAGAACUUCAGAACUAUCACAUUGACUGGUACUCUCUCUCAAAUAGAGCAACUGUUCUUGUACAGUGGGGGUGUGUAAAUAUGUAUUUAUGUAUGACAAAUCUGUGAAUAGUAUAAUCAGCUUAUAGCAGAAAGUUAAUUAUUUGUAAAAAAAUCUGUAUUGCAUUAGGCUAUAUCGAGGCUAAAAUGACAUCCCAAUUGAACUCUCAAUGGCCAAUUUAACUCAGCAUAAGCGUUAAAAACUGCUGGCGUCUUAAAGCCUUCAUCUAGGGAAAGGAAGCAAAUCAGACAAUUACCAUGAUCAUAUCUUAUUUGUACAUAUUUUUGUACUUGUUAGUUUGCCUAAUGGCUGUUAGCAAAUUAGUUCUUCUAGUUUAGGAUGUAAUUAGUCUUAACAGCUUCAGAAAAACAUUAGUAUCUGAGCCUUAGUGGAAUUUCAGAAGGAAUUCUGGGGUAAGAUUUUCAAAAGCAAGAUUUUAGAAAAAUCUUCAGUCUUGAGUCUAUGGAAACUGAAGCCCCCUUUUUUAUAUAAAUUAGGAAUCAUUUUUAUGUGUGUUGUUACACACGAAUAGAAAUCUCAGUAAAAAUACUUACUGUUAAGAAUAGUAGAUAACUGCAGUACCUCAUUUUGCACUUCAAAUAAAGCAGUAUUAAAGCUCUUCUUUUGUUGUCUUCUUCUAAAGCAAGCAUAAUGUUCAAACAAUAUGACAGAUGUUUAAAGUUUUUUAAUUCAAAAUAUCAUUGCAACAAGAGCACAAUUAAUAUAUAGUAAGACCGAGGCAAAUUUGGCCAGAGAGUAUUGCUAGAGCUGUGUCUGCUUCUCAUUAGACAGACACUUGUCUUUCUAAAUGCUUCCCUUGGAACUACCAGAAAUUAAGGCAUACAGAGCAUGUCUGAGUUGUUCUGUAUCUUAGUGUAAACACUUAUGCCUGAUAAAAUCACCUCAAAAAUUGUUAACAUAGGUAGAACUUCUGUGUUUGAUACUACUAUAACGUUAUGCUUAUCUGUGCUGAUUUGUAACUUCAGCUAUUGACUUCCAGUUAGUACAGUGUGCUACUCAUUGUUUAUGAACUAUUAAGGGAAGGUCAUAUUAGAGAAUAUGUACAUAUACUUCUCCUUUCGCUAAUCUGAAGUUUUCAGCCAGUAAAAUUCAGUCAGUAGCUGAACUGCCUGAAGUAGAAAUAUAUAAUAUUUUAAAUGAAAGAAUGACUGAUUGCUAACAAGGAGAAGUGGAAAGACUAAAAUGACAACACUUACAAUGAAGAAUUACGAAUAUUCAUUGCAUUUGUCAUAAGAUUAUUAUACACAAAACUAUUAACAUGGUAUCACAAGUGAGUGCAAAAAUUACAAACUUUUCAUUACUUUUCAUAAUAGUGCUUCAUAAAGGAUACAGUGGACUAGAAGGCAUUCUAGCUGAAAAAUUCAGGGCAUUUUAGAAUUGCAUGUUUAGCUCUGAGUUCUAUUUGUAUUUGCCUGCAAUUGCAUUUUUACAGAUCAGCAAAGCUGGAACCACUUUUUGUUUCCCAACAAGUCCCUCCAGUCAGUACAGGUUCAAGAAUAUAGUUAAACAGUUUUGUAGGGAAAUUCAGCAUCCACUCUAUAUGGAGUAUUCUAUGACUACUGCCUUUUUAAAGGUGGCAAACAUAAAUUAACAGUCCCCUCCCCCCCUGCCAAAACCUUUUCUGUAAUAAAAUAAAUAAAUUUCUGAAUUUGCACUUUGCAAUUGGCUUCAGUGUUAGCAUGAAGUAAAGAGAGAAAGCAUGGAACUGACACAGCUCUCAAAGCACAGAACAGCUGAUUUGCACAUGUCCUGUUAGGAUACACGAUAUACCUUCAUGUCAAGCCACUAGUAAAACUGCCUGUUUGUCUAAAUGCAACUUACUUAACAGUUACUUCUUGCUUUUUUAUGCAUCUAACAAACUAGGUU